AUGGAUGCCAACGAACCUGUCGACCUAAGCGAAGUGUCGCUUAUGACAGAUGCUGAAGUAAGGAUACGCACAAAUAUGAUAGAUGCCGAGAUCAAAAUUUUAAGAAGCGAACUCACAAGGCUAAAGUCACAACAGCUGUCAAUGCAAGAUAGAAUUAAGGAUAACGUCGAAAAAAUACAACUUAAUAAACAACUACCAUACCUAGUAUCAAACGUCGUAGAACUACUCGAUCUUGAUGAUGAAGAGGAAGAGGACGACGCAGGUGUACAAGGGGUGGAAAUGAAACGGAAAGGAAAAAGUCUAGUAAUCAAAACAUCAACUAGACAGACCAUUUUCCUACCCGUCAUAGGACUCAUACCACAUACAAUGCUACAUCCAGGAGAUUUAGUAGGAGUCAAUAAAGAUAGCUACUUGGUACUCGACAAACUACCACCAGAAUAUGAUAACAGGGUCAAGGCUAUGGAGGUAUGCGAGAGACCCAUUGAAGACUAUUCAGACAUCGGAGGACUCGAUAAACAGAUACAGGAACUUAUAGAAGCAAUUGUACUACCAAUAACGCACAACGAUCUAUUCGAAAAAAUAGGAAUCAAACCACCAAAAGGGGUUUUAAUGCAUGGACCACCAGGAACGGGAAAAACACUAUUGGCUCGUGCCUGCGCCGCUCAAACAAAGGCAACAUUCGUCAAGUUAGCAGGGCCGCAACUAGUACAGAUGUUCAUUGGGGAUGGUGCAAAGAUGGUAAGAGACGCUUUCAAUUUGGCAAAAGAAAAGUCACCCACUAUCAUAUUCAUCGACGAAAUAGAUGCUAUCGGAACAAAAAGGUUCGAUAGCGAACUUUCAGGUGACAGGGAAGUACAAAGGACCAUGUUAGAACUUCUUAACCAGCUUGACGGGUUCAACAGUGAUGACCGCGUGAAAGUUAUCGCGGCAACGAACCGUCCGGACACCCUAGACCCGGCACUUUUGAGAUCGGGACGUUUGGAUCGCAAAAUUGAACUACCACAUCCAAAUGAAGAGGCACGGGCCCAUAUCAUGCAGAUACAUUCACGGAAAAUGAAUGUACAUCCUGAUGUUAAUUUCCUGGAACUCGCACGCUCCACAGAGGAUUUCAAUGGAGCACAACUCAAAGCCGUUUGUGUAGAAGCGGGAAUGGUCGCCCUUCGACGUGGUGCUAAGGAAUUGGACCACAAUGAUUUCGUAGAAGGGAUCGCAGUGAUGAGUGCCAAGAAAAAAACUACACUCAACUAUCUACAUUGA